AUGUCCGACAAGCAGGAGGUCACCCAGACCGAGAAUGGCCCCGUUCGCGGUGGCAAGAAGGCCGCCCUCAAGAACCACUGCAAGCGAUUCUGGUGGCUUCACCUGAUUAUCUUCCUUUGUAUUUCUGCUGCCGUCAUUUGUAUUGUCAUCUUUGUUGGCGUCAAAAACAUUGCCCAGGACAAGAUCAAUGAUGCCGACCUAAGGAUCCAGGCCGUCAACAUCCUCAACUCUGAGCCCGACAAGUUCACCAUGCAGAUCAACUCCACCAUCACUACCGACGGCACCGUCAAGGCUGAUAUUGACCCCUUUGUCGGCAAUCUUACCCUCCGCGAUGUUCCUGGUGCUAGACCCUUUGUCCAGCUCAACUUCCCCAGCACCAACGCCAACAAGUUCCAGACUGUCAACAUCAGCCAAGAAGUUCAAAUCACCGACAGGGACGCCUUCAUUGAGUUUAACAAGGCCUUCUUCCAGAACGAGACGCUCCGUGUUUCUAUCCACGGCAAGACCAAGGUACAGCCAGCUGGUCUCUCCAAGAAGUACGAUGUCGACUUCUACAAGGUCGUCACCUUCAAGGGCUUGAACAAGCUCAACGGCACCACUCUCACCGACAUGAAGAUCAAGAUUGGUACCGCUGAGGACGGCAUCCCCAACUUCAACGCUACCGCCACCAUCAGCAACCCCUCCUACUAUACCAUUGACAUUGGCAACGCGACCUUUAACAACUAUGCCGACAACCAGCUUCUCGGAAACCUGACUAUCCAGAACCUUGUCCUCAAGCCUGGCCAGAACGUCGUCCCUGUCUCCGCCAUUCUCGACCAGACGAUCAUCAUCUCCGCCGCCACGAAGAAGCCCUACUGCGAGACUGGCAAAAUCACCAUCGACCUUCAGGGCACUCACGUCCAGCAAGGUGGCAACGAGAUUCCCUGGCUCAUGGAUGCUCUCGGCAGCGCCAACCAGACUGUUGAGCUCAGCCUCGCCGAAACCUUCCAGGCCGCUGGUCUUCCAGACUUCAAGGCUACUUGCAGCUCCUGA